UGUGAGGUGGAGAUCAAUACACGUCACUUCUUUGAUGGUUAUAGUAGAGGAAGAACAUAUGAAAACUACUGGCCUGAGAUGUUGAAGCUAAAGGACUGGCCUCCUUCUGACAAGUUUGAAGAUCUUUUACCUCGUCACUGUGACGAGUUCAUAUCCGCACUACCUUUCCAAGAAUAUAGCGAUCCUAGAACCGGGAUUCUUAACAUCGCAGCAAAGCUUCCGGAAGGACUUAUCAAACCAGAUUUGGGUCCAAAAACUUACAUUGCCUAUGGGAUUCCUGAUGAGCUCGGUAGAGGGGAUUCAGUGACUAAGCUUCACUGUGAUAUGUCAGACGCGGUGAAUAUUCUGACGCAUACUGCUGAAGUAACCCUAAGUCAAGAACAGAUAUCCGCAGUCAAAGCUCUGAAACAAAAACAUAAGGAACAGGACAAGUUUGAAGAACAGAGCACUGGAGACCGUAGUGAAAUGGAAGAAGAAUUGAACUUGCCAGAGAUUCUGAGCAGUGAAAAUGAAGAAACUGGCAGUGCUCUUUGGGACAUAUUUAGGAGAGAAGAUGUUCCUAAGUUAGAAGAGUAUCUAAGAAAGCAUUGCAAAGAAUUUAGACACACUUAUUGUUGUCCAGUUACAAAGGUUUAUCAUCCGAUACAUGACCAGGCAUGCUAUUUAACCGUAGAGCACAAAAGAAAACUCAAGGCGGAAUUUGGGAUCGAGCCAUGGACAUUUGUGCAAAAGCUAGGUGAAGCGGUAUUUAUUCCUGCGGGUUGUCCGCAUCAAGUUCGGAAUCUAAAGUCGUGUACAAAAGUUGCAGUUGACUUUGUGUCACCAGAGAACAUCCAUGAGUGUCUGCGUCUGACUGAAGAGUUUCGCCAACUUCCCAAGAACCACAAGGCCAGAGAGGACAAACUUGAGAUAAAGAAGAUGGUUAUCUAUGCAAUCGAGCAAGCUCUCAACGAACUUGAAACAUUACCUGAAGAGACCCGACUGAUGCUCUACUAGUUGAAGACUGCUGUUUGUAAAUGUCCUGUGACCUAAAUAGCUAUAUCAGCUCCUUUGUUGUUGUGCAUUAAGCUGCGUACAAUUCUCAGGUUCCUUAUAGAUGAUAGAAUAAAAAGCCAUGGAGACCUGUCAACUGAAGAUCUGCAUUUGGCAUUUCUCUAUGAUCAGAUUAGCAAAGAGACUUUGUUUGUCAUAUGUAUUAUCUAUAUAGAGGAGAGGAGGUAUAGGCUUUGCUUUAAAAGAAUAAUUAUAUUGUAUUUGCGACUAAUACUU